CGUCGCUUGCCAUGCGUAUAAAAGGGCGGGGCCGGCAAGGCAAAGCAAGGAGAAGAACGACAGCCAAAAUGUGGAUCGUCAGCCUUUUGCUCUCGGUGUUUCUGCUGGGCUCAUCGGUAGAUGGCCAGUGCGAUGGGUGCCAAUGCGGUGGGUACUUCACAGAGCUCAGUGGAUCUUUCUGGUCUCCGAAUUACCCAUAUAAUUACUACGACAAUCUCUACUGCACGUACACCAUCAGCCUCCCAUCGGGCUAUUCCAUGUACUAUGAGUACGUCUCUUUCAACAUCGAGGAGAGUCCGUCUUGCCAGUACGAUAGCAUCAUGGUCCAAUGCCCUGCCACGGGGUGGGCGGAGAGCCGUUGUGGGCACUAUAGCUCCCUAGGUCCGUUUUACGAAGUCCACAAUUAUCUAAACUUUGUGUUCAAGACGGACUCCUCCGUUACAUACAGAGGAUUCCUUCUCGACUACUGGGCCUACUAUGAGAAAUGCGAAGAAGGAUGGCUGGAGCACGACGGAGCCUGCUACUCGUUCGAGAACGAGCCGAGGACUGGAAGCGAGGCGCAACUUGAAUGCGAGAAAAACUGGGCCAACUUGGCAAGCGUUCGCAGCGAGGAGGAGAAUGCCUUCAUCGGUGAAAAUGCUCCAUCGUCACCCGUCUGGAUCGGACUCCAAAAAAUCGACGAGAAAUUGAGAUGGGCUGACGAAAGUCGUUACGAGGAAGCGACCUUCCACCAGAACUUUCACUUCGAAGAUGGAUUCGCAUACGCCGGGGCGGAGCAGCGAGCCGAGGAAGACGAUUCCGAAGAAAUUCGCCUUCCCUACGUCUGUAAGAAAUAUAUCGGAUCUGUGCGCGACAUCCCUUCCAACUGAUGCUCGAUUCGCGAUGAAGCGUCAAUAAACACAAACAGAAAAGCAUAGAUGCCUGGUAUUCCUUGAUUCAUUUCGAUGCUCAGUGACGAAAGCGAUUCUUCGAUUUUCAGUGAAAGUGGCCU